AUGGUGGUUAGGAAUGUUGCGUCGAUUCCGUCUACGAAAACAGUUACUCUCAUUCCUGGCGACGGCGUUUUCCCAGAAAUCUUUAUGUCCGUGAAGUAUAUUUUCCGGGAGGCCGGCAUUCCCGUAGUCUUCGAAGAAAUUCCAUUGAGGUUUAAUAUUGUUAUUUUUAUAUGCCACUCUAGUGAAUUACCAGGCCGCGAAACCGAAACACUGGAUCACGUUGUGGAAUCUGUUAGUCGUAACAAAGUGUGCCUGAAAGGGGUUAUUAAAGCAUCUAUGGGAUCAGCGAUUCCAGAGGCACUGUCGAUUAGGCUUAGGCGUGCUUUGGAUCUUUACGCGAGUGUUGCGCAGAUUCGCAGUCUGGACGGUGUCAGAACCCGCCACAAUGACCUAGACUUCCUUGUUGUCCGUGAGAUGUUGGAGGGCGAGUACUCUGCCUUGGAGCACCAAUCCAUCCCUGGUGUUGUGGAGUCGCUUAAGAUCAUCACACGGCGCAAUUCGGAAAGGAUCGCUAAAUUUGCCUUCGACUAUGCUCAGAGGCACGGACGCAAAAAGGUAACAGCUGUUCACAAAGCCAACAUAAUGAAAAUUGCUGACGGCCUUUUCCUGGAAACGUGCAGUAAUGUUGCAAAGCUUUACCCAAGCAUUGAAUUUGAGUCUAUGAUUGUUGAUAAUUGCUGUAUGCAGUUGGUCAGCCGUCCAGCACAGUUCGAUGUGAUGGUCAUGCCAAAUUUGUACGGGGCAAUUGUUGAAAACGUGUCUUCUGGCAUCGUUGGUGGGGCGGGCCUCGUGCCCAGUGUCCUGUACAGUCACGAUGUAGCAAUUUUUGAGCCCGGAGCGAAGCACACCUUUUCACAAUCCACCGGUCGAAACGUCGCCAACCCAACUGCACUUCUGCUGUGCGCCUCAAGCCUUCUGCGACACAUCAAUUUGGACCACUAUGCUAAUCGCCUCGAGGCGGCUCUCUUUCGCGUCAUCAGGACGGGCCACUGCCUCACACCCGACCUUGGCGGCUGCGGCACCACCACGGAGUUUUCUCACAGUGUUCUCCAGGAGAUGCUUCGAGGGAAAUGA